AUGUCGUCAACAACAGAGGCGCCUCAGGCGGCUGCAGCAGCACCAGCAGCAGCAACAACAGCAGGAGAGUCAUCUCACCAAGGUCAGGCACCGGUGCAGGGUCAAAAGAAGUGGCAGAAUGGCGGAAACAAGCCCAAUGGCAACAAGCGUUCAUUCCAGGGCGGCCAAGGAGGCGGAAGGGGCAAGGACAAGCAGCGCAAGUCGAAGCGUGAGAGGAACAUCACCGAGGGCUCGUCCGAGGAGGUCUUGGCGUUCGACGUGCAAGCGCUCAUCGCAUUGCGCAAGGAAUCACUCCCCGAUACACCGGCACCGACGGCAGGUGAAGAGGUAAAGGACGGGGAACAGAACGGAGAAACGCAGACCGAGACCCAAGCACCCUCAGAAACCCUCCCGGAAACCUUUACCGAAAUCGAAGUAGAAGUCCACGCAAUCUCCUCAACAGGAGAUGGCCUCGGCUUUCAGCUGGGCUCGACCUCGACACAAGUCUACGUCGUCCCCUUCGUCGCACCCGGCGACAUCGCAAAGGCAAAGGUCAUCAGACACGUCCGCGAGGAGUCCUACUCGGUAGCCGACUUCGUCUCUCUGGUGCACAAGCGCUCCAUCGUCGACAAGGCGUACAAGAACUUCUCCAACCUAAACCCGGACCUAGUCCCGUCCAUCAGGGACACCAUCGGCAGCCCCUUGCAGUACGGAUACCGCACCAAGCUCACGCCGCACUUUGACGGCCCUCCCGGCCACCACAAGAGGAAUAAGCCCAAGCAGGCGCUGAGCAAGGUUCCCGAGAUUGGAUUCAACGCCAAGGGCCGCCGUCAUGUUCUGGAUAUUGAGGACUGCCCUAUUGGAACUGACGCCGUUCGCCUGGGCAUGAAGCGCGAGCGUGAGCGCAUCGCCAGGGACUUUGGCAACUUCACAAAGGGCGCCACGAUCCUCCUCCGCGAGAGCACGAAACGCUACCCAAAGAAGGUCAUCAGCAACGGCAACGCCAACACCACAGCAGCCACGGAAGAAACCACCACGACAGAGGAAGUAUCAGCAUCAGCAUCAGCAAACGAAGAAGAACAACCCCCCGCAGAAACCCCCUCCGACGCAGUCCGCGUCGAGACAGACGCCCACGUAGACAUCAAAACCUGCCUCUCCGCCACGGGCGCAAUGUCGAGCGAGUACAUUGACAACUACCUCUUCACCAACCCCGCAAACUCCUUUUUCCAAAACAACAACUCCAUCCUCCCCAAAUUCACCCAAUACAUCCGCGACCACGUCAUGCCACCCGCCGGCCCCCACCGCGACCGCAUCAAGUACCUCAUCGACGCCUACUCCGGCUCCGGCCUCUUCACAAUCACCCUCGCCUCCCUCUUCACGGGAUCCACGGGCAUCGACAUCGCAAAGGACUCCAUCGAGUGCGCCCGCAAAAACGCCCGCCUCAACAACCUCCCCGAGUCGCAGUGCAACUUCCUCGCCGCCGACGCGCCCCAGCUGUUCAAGCAGGUCACCUACCCGGCCGACGAGACCGUCGUCGUCAUCGACCCGCCGCGCAAAGGUUGCGAUAACGAUUUCCUGAGCCAGUUGUUGGCGUUUGGGCCGAGGAGGGUCGUGUACGUGAGCUGCAACGUUCACACGCAGGCGCGCGACGUGGGCGUGCUGGUGCGCGGGGACGGUGGGGACGGCACAAAGUACGAGAUUGAGAGUAUCGUGGGCUUCGACUUCUUCCCGCAGACGGGACACGUCGAGGGUGUGGCGGUGUUGAACAGGGUCGAGAAGAGUGCUUGA